AUGGUGAGCAGUGGCUGCAGUGGCAGUGCCGGUGGCAACGGCAACGGCAACAACAACAACAACAACGACGACGACGUGGUCGACAUAAACGUCAACAACAACAACGACGGCAUGCACGACGGGUGUUCGGCCGAUUCGCUGGACGUGCACAGCUCCGAAGACCAAAGGUACAAACCGCUGUUGGAGGCCAUCAAGGCCGGCGACUACGACGGGUUCGAGUUCGCCGUGGACAAGUGCGGCGGCGAGGCACUCAGCUUCCGCGACGAAUGGGGCUACACGCCUGCCCAUUGGGCCGCGCUCUACGGCAACGCCGAGGUGCUCAGGUACCUGGUGGCCAGGGGCGUGACCGUGGACAUGUCAUGCUACGGGAUCCAGGGCUCCAAGCCGGUGCACUGGGCAUGCCGCAAAGGUCACACCGCCGCCGUCCAAGUGCUGUUGCAGGUAUUAUGCGCACACAUAGGUAGGUCGAUCAUAGACGUGGGUGUCGAUACCUUAUAA